CGGGGCGUGGCGAGAGGCAGGCCCCGGCGUCCCUGGGUGUCGGAGCGCGGCGACACAGUCACCGCCGCGGGCCACACGACGCACAGACGGGCAGCGGGGACCCCCAGGGCCAUGGCGGAGCGCGCGGGCCGCCGCUGCUGCCUGGGCUGGGACUUCAGCACGCAGCAGGUUAAAAUUGUUGCUGUUGAUGCAGAGUUGAAUGUCUUCUAUGAGGACAGUGUGCAUUUUGACACAGACCUUCCUGAAUUUGGAACUCAGGGCGGUGUCCAUGUACACAAGGACAGGCUGACGGUUACCUCUCCAGUCCUGAUGUGGGUCCAGGCUCUGGACCUGAUCCUGGAGAAGAUGAAGGCUUCCGGCUUUGACUUCUCUCAAGUUCUAGCCUUAUCUGGGGCAGGCCAGCAACAUGGAAGCGUUUACUGGAAGACUGGAGCCAGCCUGGUGCUGUCAAGCCUGUCACCAGCUCUCCCAUUAUGUCAGCAGCUGCAGGCCUGCUUCUCCAUCAGCGACUGCCCGAUAUGGAUGGACUCCAGUACCACAGCCCAGUGCCGCCAGCUGGAGGCUGCUGUGGGUGGGGCCCGGGCUCUCAGCUGCCUCACAGGGUCCCGGGCUUAUGAGCGCUUUACAGGGAACCAGAUAGCAAAGCUUUUCCAGCAAAACCCUGAGGCCUACUCAAACUCCGAGAGGAUUUCCUUGGUCAGUAGCUUUGCUGCUUCGCUGUUCCUGGGAGGGUACUCGCCCAUCGACUACAGUGACGGGUCUGGAAUGAAUUUGUUGCAGAUCCAGGAAAAAGUCUGGUCCCAGGCCUGCCUUGGUGCCUGCGCCCCCGAUUUGGAGGAGAAACUUGGCUCACCAGUCCCUUCAUGCUCAGUUGUGGGAGCCAUUUCUUCCUACUAUGUCCAGCGCUAUGGAUUCCUUCCCACAUGCCAAGUGGUGGCCUUCACUGGGGACAACCCAGCGUCGCUGGCAGGCAUGAGGCUGGAGGAAGGCGACUUUGCGGUCAGCCUGGGCACCAGUGACACCCUAUUUCUCUGGCUCCAAGAGCCCAUGCCUGCCCUGGAAGGCCACAUCUUCUGCAACCCAGUAGACGUGCAGUACUACAUGGCUCUUCUGUGCUUUAAAAACGGCUCCCUUAUAAGAGAGAAGAUCCGGGAUGAGUCUGCUUCCGGUUCCUGGAACAAGUUCUCUAAGGCCCUACAGUCCACGGAGAUGGGGAACAACGGAAACUUGGGUUUUUAUUUCGAUGUAAUGGAGAUCACCCCUGAAAUUAUUGGGCGUCAUAGGUUUAAUGCAGAAAACAUUGAGGUCUCAGCAUUCCCUGGGGAUGUUGAGAUUCGAGCCCUGAUUGAAGGACAGUUCAUGGCCAAGAGGAUUCAUGCAGAAGGCCUAGGCUACCGAGUCAUGCCCAAAACAAAAAUUCUGGCCACAGGAGGAGCAUCUCACAAUAAAGACAUCUUACAGGUGCUCGCAGAUGUCUUUGGGGCCCCUGUAUAUGUCAUGGACACCAGCAGCUCAGCCUGCGUGGGCUCUGCAUACCGAGCUUUUCAUGGUCUUGCAGGAGGAGCAGGUGUGGCCUUUUCAGAGGUUGCGAAAUCAGCCCCUCGUCCCAGCCUGGCUGCCACUCCCAGCCCAGGAGCUUCCCAGGUCUAUGAAGCCCUUCUCCCCCGGUAUGCUGAGCUUGAACAGAGAAUCCUGUCUCAGGCCCGGAGGCCUCUGGAAUGAAGUUUGUGUGCCCUGGCAGCUGCUGCCUCCUGCCUGCCCAGACUCCUCAGUGGCACUUGCCGUCUUCCUUGUUCUGAGCAGCUCCUGCGCUGUCCUGUCCUGGACCAUCCUGAAGCUGGCCACGACUCCCUGGAGACAUGUGGGCUUCCCAUGUCCCAGGAUGGACAGCAACCUUCUUUCUGUCUUCCAUUCCAAGAGGCAGGAAAACACAGUAUGGCCACCAGAGAUGAUCAUACACACACACACACACACACACACACACACACACACACACAAACACACACACACACACACAGAACACUCACAAGGCAAAAAGCAAGCUCUCUUUCAGGACCAAACACAGCAGAACAGGGGACAGCCUUCUCCCUGACUGACCCCUCCUUGGUCCUCACCCCACACUGAGACCACUCCCUCCAUCCUUCCCUGCAAACCAGACUUUAUCUCCCACACCCCCAGCUGUUUCCACCCUCCUGUUUCUCUAGGUGCCUUCCCAGGGUCCUCUCCUGUCUGCCCAUCUCUCCUUUCCUUCAUCCUUCCCUCCCCUUCCCUACCUGGUAUAACUUCCCACUUAAGGUGACCACCUUGGCCUGGUAAAUAUCCUUCCUGUUUCCUCCCCCAGCUCUGUCUAUACCUGACAGGGGCUGACCAGGCCACCUGGCUGGGCAUUGCCCAGGCUAAACACUUUAGGGUUCACCCCUGUUUCAUUGUAGCUCACAUGAUGGCAAAAUUGCGUGUUUCUCUUUGAGAAAUUCUGGAUUUUUUUUUUUUUUUUUUUUUUUUUUUUUUUUUUUCAACCAAGGUCUCCCAUAGCCCAGGCUGCCCUCAAACUUUCUUUGCAGCUGAAGGUGACCUUAAACUUCUGAUUUUCCUGCCACUAUCUGCCAAGUGCUGGGAUUAAAGGCUUGAGCCACCACACCUAGCUUAUGCAGGUAGAGCAGGGAAAUCCCCUAGUCACGUGCGUGCAUGCCUGCCUGCUUGCAUGCAAGGCAAACAAUUUACCAGAUGAGCCACACCCCCAGCCUGGAUUUCCUUUUUGUUUGCUCUUCCUUGCACACAUCUUAUUACAUUUGUACAGAGGCUGAGCCCUCCCUCUGUCCUCUUCACACCCUUUUACUUUAGACUCCUCUGCCCCUGGCUCAGAUAAGCCCCCUGUGAUCUCAGUCCGGCCACCACCCAUCCCCAGCCAGGGUUUUCCUCUGCCACAGGCUGCAUCCAACUCAGGACUUGUUUUAAACUAGACCACUGGAUCUGGUACACUGGCAAGGUCAUGUGGAUCAGAGCAGUGGCUGCUGGGAGGCCCAAAGGACAGAGCAUCUUUCACCUGGAAGAGAAGGAAGGCUCCGUGUGUGUGACGGGCAAAGAAGCUGCAGGCAGCCGUCAUCGCCACUGCAAACCAAGCUUCAGAAGGAGAUGCUGCUGGGCUGCCUCUUGUUAGACUUUACAAACCCUAAGCAACAGCAUUGGGACCACAAAGCACUAAACUAAGAUGGCAUUCCAACGUAGAUCUUUCUUACAAUAAAUCAGAUGGCUGCAAAAGGAAAAAAGGGCACCAUGGGUGACAAAUUAGAAACAACUUCAAAUGGAGACAAGGCAAGCUUAUGGGGGAAGAGAGUGACUAAACAAAAGAACAGCUUCCUGACAGAUCGCAGGGACUGUCUUAGAACACAUCAAAGAGGAGGCAGAUAUGGCAGGAAGUCAUGGAGGUACCAGAAAAGAAGGGAGAGGAAAAAGAACACAGGUAGAAUUUAGACCUCUCAACGACAAAAGACUAGAUCCCUGUUGCUAAUUGAAACUACCCAAAAUAAAAACAAAUUUUGAAAACACCCCAAA